AUGCACUGGCCGCUCGAGCUGUGCGGCUCGCGCUCCGCAAACGGCCCGGUGGGGGAGGGGAUGUCGACGGCCUCCAAGGUGGCGCUGGGCAUCUCCGUGCUGCUCUCGGCCGGGACGGUGGCCGCCGUGCACAUCCAGCAGAGACGCGUCAAGGAGAGGCUGCACGAAGGAGUAAUCCGAGACCUUGAGAGACAAAGCCGUAAACUGGAAAACAUUCGUCUUUUACAAGAACAGAUUACUCUGACCAAACAACUCGAAGCAGAAAGAGACAAGAUGUUAAUGGAAAAGGGGUCCCAACAAUCCUAG